AUGAUGAACAAGGGCUUACCACCCCAUCUCCCCUGCAGCUCCACCCCAGUGCGAUGGGAGCGCUGCCCCCGCUGCUUCUUGCCCCGGUCACCGGCCACGCUGCUCCUUCGCCCCACCACCGGCCUCCCCUGCUCCUCCACCCCCACCGUCAAGACCCAGCUGCGAUGCUACUCCUCAAUUUUCCUGCGCCACCCCUCUUCUCCUGCGGAUGUGACCCUUCUCUUCAAGGAGAAGCCGGCAUGCGGGAGGAUCCGGCAGGAUCCGGUAGAAGGAGAUGAGGAGAGGCGGCGCUGGGCAGAGGAGAAGGAGGAGAAGGGGCGCGGCGGCGGCGGUCGUGAUCAGGAGAGGAGGAGAGACGAGGCAUGGGGUCUGGAGAUCGAGGAUGGGAGGGGAUUGGCAGCUAGGUUUUCACCUGAUUCCACCGCGCACAGAACAUACGGGACCCUGAGGUUUCUUCUCAAUGUAGCUGUAAAACGGGCCCGUGAAAAAAGGAGCCCCACACGUCAUUCACUCAAGCAUGAAAGAUCAAUGUCCAAAAAAACUAACCGCGGGAUUUUUGACAGCACUGUAAAAUCGGGCCAGCGAGGCAGAUCGUGCGGCCAGAACGCAUGCGCGCCGCGAAUGCCCCUAGAAUGGCGGGAUGCCACUUCAAUCACAGUUGUAGGCCCACUUUGGACAGGUCCUCUACAUGAUUGUUCUUCCAUUACAAAAAUGCUAAACUUGGCUGUGGAAUGGGGACGGGCACACACAAGUGAGAAUGGUGUCGAAAAACUUCUUGGCGCCAUGAUUGAGGAGAGUGACCCAAGGUUACCACCUGGAUAUAUAAGACUUGAUGAGAUUGCCUGCCGAGAAAAAGUUAACUCUCCACCGCUCGGUACCCUCAUUCAUUCAUUGCAGAAGGUGAUACAAACGCAUCGAAAGAAUGCCCGGCCUCUGCAUAGCACGAUCCUAUGA